CUUCAUCCUUAAUGAAGACAUUGGUGAGUUUCAAUAAAGGUGAUGAAGAAGAUCCGGAAUUCUGAUCUCAGCAAAAUCAGCAAAACUAUUAGGCGCUCCAGAAUGAUUUACACCAAAUUUCUUAAAGAGAAACCUAACAAGUUCAGAUUCACAAUUAAGAAAAGUUCAGCCUCCGAGUCGAAGAAAUCUAUCGGCAGCCUUGGAGCAAAAAUUAUGAAUGAUAGUAAACUUAAAGAAAAGGUCACUAAGAUCAUCAAAAAGGGAAUUUUUGAGAAGAUCAUUGCUCUCAGAAAAGGAAUGAACAAGCUCAAGAGUGAACGUAAAGGUUCCCUCUUCAAGAUCAAUGAGCAAAUAGAGUCAGUGUCUACACCAAUCUCUCCUAAAUCAUUAUCUGGCCCCAAAAAGAGUGGAUUCCAAAGUAGGGAGAAAAUCCCUGAUGAUUCCUUAAACGGCUCAUAUCAAUCAUCUGUACAUGCAGAUUCCUUACCAGACAACUCAGGCCUAAUGUCUCGCUUAAAAAGUACUCCGAAUUCAAGGAAGUUCUCGCAACACUUAAAAAUUAUAAUCACGAACAAAGUCAAUAAGAAAAAAUCUUCUGUGGCAAGACUCCGACCCUCGAAGAAGAAUAAUUCAUGCAAAUCUCUUCAUGAGGCAGGCCAGAAGGACUUAAAAUAACCCACAGCAUCAAGAAUCCCGAAGGCAUACCAAAUACAACUUUUCAAAGCUUAACAUAAUCGAGUCACCCAUGGUAAAGUUGGCCGAUGGCGAUGAGAUGAAUGAGGAUAAGGAAUUCCACCUCUCCACUCAUAAACUUGAGCCUGAGGCCUUGCCUAAACCCCAGCUUGAAAAGUCCCGCAACCAUAGCUCUGCUAAGAAGAGGAUAAUAUCAACUAUGAAGAACAAGAGAUUAUUUGCCAAAGUUCAUAAGAUGCAAAACUUAGCUCCAAGCAGACUGAUUUCAAAAUCAAACUUGAGCGCGUUGUCUAUUGCUAAGAAAACUUGCAAGGAUUUCAACAGCACAGCCCUUAGCAUGAGCACUGCCAGGCCAUUUAGGAACACAUCGUCUUAUUUUACAAGAAAUAUUGGCUCGAAAUGAACAUCCAGAUCAUCCAUAAAAGUUGAAUUAGAAAAAGUACUAAGAAGAAUUACAAAGAAAAGGAACUGGACUGCAAGAAGAUCCAGAAGAGCCCUCAAAGGCAGAACAGGGUCUAAAAUCAGUGCUGGAACAGGCCAGCCUCUCCAGUUUGAAGUGGCUGAUAAAGCUAGGCACACUAAACCACCUCACUGCAUCAGUGAGUUAGAAAGAGUGUAUGUUCAUGGGUUUCAUGAACCUAUUCUUAAUUGUAUUCCCUAAUUUAUGAUAGACAUUAUACCAUUAA